CCACUCUCAACUGAAGUAGCAGGUAGUUCGUCAGCUGACUGAACCAAACAGCAGCGUCGUUCUCUCAACAACAGGAAAUACUGUCCAUUCAUACACAGGUCUGAUCAUGAAGAAAAAUAAAACCAAAUCUGGCGGAGCCGCUGAGAAAGAGUAUGUGUUCGAGUUCAGGGCAGGAAAACACAACUGCGUCCUGAAGGUACCUCUCAAGUUUCCUGUUCAAGAGAAUGUCAGUGACCUUCACGGACGCCUGAUGCUGCUGCAUAAAAUACCCUGCUAUAUAGAAAAUGAGCUAAAAACCUCACUUUCCAGCUUCAUUGAGAGCGAAACCAUUGUGGAUUAUGACAGAGAGGCAGAGCUGGCCCUGCAGAGACUUACCACAGGGGAUGUCGAUGUAAACCAGCUCACUAAUGCUUGGACCAGGUCUUAUAUGGAGACUACGCUGGAGCAUGCUCGGCCUGAAGAGCCCAGCUGGGACGAGGACUUUGCUGAUGUUUACCAUGAGCUGAUCCACUCCCCGGCCUCAGACACUCUGCUCAACCUGGAGCACAACUACUUUGUCAGCAUCUCUGAGCUCAUCAGUGAGAGAGACAUGGAGAUUAAGAAGCUUCAGGAGAGGCAAGCAGCUGAAAUGGACAAGGUGAUGCACGAGCUGGGGAAUACUUUGAGUGACCACGACGUAAAUGCAGUCGCAUCACAGCAUUUCGAUGCACAGCAGGUGCUGGAGAACAAGUGGGGCAGCGAGCUGAAGCAAGUCACCUGCAUUCAGAAGCAGGAGUACCAGGAGUGGGUCAUCAAGCUGCAUCAAGAUCUGCAGAAACCCAACAACAGCAGCAAAAUUAAUGAGGAGAUUAAGGUUCAGCCCAACCAGCUGUCAGAGCUGGAAGAUUCUGGGUCGAGGAUGUUUGAGGAGCAGCCUCAGCUGGAGGAGAGCUUCACCAUACACUUAGGAGCACAGCUGAAGACGAUGCACAACUUGCGACUGGUGCGCUCAGACGUGCUCGAUUUCUGUAAACACCGGCGGCACGGCAGCGGCGGAGCAAAGCUGCGGCGGCUACAAACGGCGCUCUCGCUGUACUCCUCUUCGCUCUGUGGUUUGGUGCUGUUGGUCGACAACAGGGUCAACUCCUACAGUGGCAUCAAGAGAGACUUUGCAACAGUGGCGAAGGAGUGUACAGACUUCCACUUUCCCUGUCUGGAGGAGCAGCUGGAGGAGGUGCAGCAGGUGGUGCUCUACGCCAGAGCACAGCGGAGUAGCAAGAAUAAAGACCAACCUGAGAUUCCAAGGAACGGAGGUGAUGAUAAGAGUAAAAAUGUUGAAAGAAACCCUUCUAACAUCUUACCAGGUGAGUUCUACAUCUCGCGGCACUCCAACCUCUCAGAGGUCCAUGCCGUCUUCCACCUGUGUGUAGACGACAACGUGCGGUCGGGAAACAUCACAGCACGCGACCCGGCCAUAAUGGGGUUGAGAAACAUCUUGAAGGUCUGCUGUACACACGACAUCACCACGGUUACCGUGCCUCUGCUCCUGGUCCAUGACAUGUCCGAGGAGAUGACCAUACCAUGGUGCCUAAAGCGAGCUGAGCUGGUAUUCAAAUGUGUCAAAGGCUUCAUGAUGGAGAUGGCCUCAUGGGAUGGAGGAAUAUCACGCACCGUUCAGUUUCUGGUGCCAAAGAGUAUCUCAGAGGAAAUGUUCUACCAGUUGAGCACCAUGCUGCCUCAGAUCUUCCGCGUCUCCUCCACCCUGACUCUCACCUCAAAGCACUGACGGAUUAUGCACCACGCUGCUCGCGGAUGAUGCAGACUUCUUCUAACAGCAUUGACCAAUGUGUUGGGUUUUUUUUUUGAAGACUGAAGUAGAGAGUUUGUAAAAAAAAAAGAAUGCACAUAACCUCCAUUUACAACAGAAUGGUAAGGGAUGGAGCUCUGGUUGUUUUCAUGGCAUUACAGCACACUUUUAUGCAGUUGAUGAGCCUUGUUAUUUUGCACCUUUCAGUGUUUCCCAAUCCUGGUCCUCGGGGACCAAUGAAUCAGGUGUGUUGCAGAAAGGAAACAUGUAAAACAUGCAGGGGACACAGGUCCCUGAGGACCAGGAUUGGGAAACACUUGGUGAAGUUUUGUGUCCCAACUGAAUGUCCCUUACCUCAGCCUUCCCUUCCAAGUGUUGGACAACAUAUGUAGCUUUCAGUUAGCAUCAAAACUCAUAAGAUCUUAUUGUGGCCCACUAUCAAAACAUAGUGGUCCAAAACGGGGGCCCGAUAUAAGUAUAAAAGGCUCAUUCUAGGGUAAAGAAAUACAACAAUUCAUACAAUCAGGUGAUUGUAACUAUUUUAUCUUCUAUUUCUGCCAAGUGAAAACAAUGUCACCUAAAUGUUUUACGCACUGGACCUUUAAAUAUGCACAAGUAUACAUGAGUAUUUCUUAGCACUGGAACCAGUGGCUCGCGCACGAAGCAGCUGCUGCAGUUAUUAGUCCAAGCUUCCAGGGUGUGGUUCUGGUGACAUGCUUUUACGACAUCACUUUUCCUAGUUUCCCUUUAAAGCAGCAAUUUGCAACUUCUCCUUCAGCAGAACGGAGCUGCUAGUGCUGCAUUUGUGAGGGUUUUUCUCUUUUCCAGUUUGCUGUUGCGCGGUGAAGUGUCGCCAACCAAGCAGAUGACAUAAAUGUGAAAACAAGUAUCGUUUACUGAAGUAAUGAACGUGAACACACUGACUGAAGUGGGACCAGGUUUAACAUUUAUCAUUAGCAUAUUUAGCGACCAUGCUAAAUGGUACUUUUGUAUGCUCGAACUGUACAUUUCCAUACAAACGGCUGUAAAAAUAAAAAAAACACCACAUACACUAUAUGGACAAAUCUGUACUAUACUGGCUUCCACAAGAACUUUUCAAUGGGAAUUUGUGUCCAUUCAUUCUGUAGAGCAUUUAUGAUGUCAGGCACUGUUGUUUGCUCACAAUCUCUGUUCCAGUUCAUCCUAAAGGUGCUCAAUGGGGUUAAAGGUCAGGGCUCUGCGGGGGCCAGUCAAGUUCUUCCAAACCAGAAGGUCCCUCCUCAAACUGUUGCCACAAAGUUGGAAGCAAAUCAUUGCCCAAAAGCGUUAAGAGCCCAAAGCCUGAUUGAAACACCUGAAUUCAACAGGUGUGGCCAAAUACUUUUGUCCGUAUAGUGUAUGUCACUUGUUCCUCCUGUGUUGGAGUGUCCCCUGUGUAUGACCACAUCACAUACGACUUAACAUAAGAUGAGUCUAAUCCUGUGAGUAAGUGACUUCAUGUGUCAGGUGUUUGGGGUCUUCUGAAAGGAAGUGACAUCAAGUCAAACUGUCAGGUGCUUUUCAUACUGCAUUGCAGUAACUUGGAGUGAGUGUCAGUCUUUGCUUGAGAGUGUAAGUACACGUGUGGUCCCCCCCCCCCACACACACCUUUUAUAAACAGCAGAUGGCACUGUUCCUAAAGACAAGUGUGUAAAAAAAGGUGACUGCAUAGAUGCUGUUCACACCUUUUUUUUUUUUUUAAAUCAGAGUUGAUGUUCUAAUGAGGGUUAGCUGCCUAAAAUUCCAUCUGAAGACAUUUUAAUCCACACUCAUCUUCAGUGAGUGCAGGCUCAGUUGUCACAUCAUGUUCUCAGCACUUGAACAUUAAUUCUUGUAUAUUCACUGUUUAUGUUUACAUUUUUUAUGUUUAUUA